AUGCUGAUCCCUAAAGCGGCCUGGACGCUCGUUGUACCCAUUCUCGCUAGUGCUGCGGCGGUCAAUAAGCACACAAAACUGCAAGAGUGCCUGACAGCCGAAGGAAUUCCUGGGCCCGCAAAUUUGACCUUUACUAUCACACCCUUCAACUUGCGUCUCCCCUUCACCCCCGUGGCAGUGGCCUGUGGUGUCAAGGCUGGCUUGAAGAUCAACCCAAAAUCUGGAGGACACAGCUACGCAGCUCACAGCCUCGGAGGAGAAGAUGGCCACUUCAUGAUUGAUUUGAAGUACUGGAACAGUGUGGUUGUUGACAAUACAACAUAUAUUGCAACAGUUGGCCCAGCGGGUAGACUUGGAAAUAUUGCACAAUCUCUUUAUGCUCAAGGCAAACGUGCUUUCAGUCAUGGAACAUGCCCGGGUGUUGGUGUUGGAGGGCAUGUCUUGCACGGUGGUUAUGGUCACGCAUCUCAUUCUUGGGGUCUUGCACUUGAUGCUCUGGUCGAAGCGCAAGUCGUUCUUGCCGACGGAAGUGUUGUAAUUGCUUCCAAUACCUCGAACUUUGAUCUUUUCUGGGCUCUCCGUGGGGCUGGAUCCUCAUACGGCAUCGUCACUCAAUACAAGUUCGAAACAAAACCCGCAAUUGACCAACUCAUCAAUUGGGAUCUCAAAUAUGUCUGGACCAAAGCUCAAGCUCGUCAGGUGUUGGAUGUUUUCCAAGCAUAUGCCAAUAGCACUGACCUACCCAGAGAAAUGAGCGCUCGGCUUUUUAUCGCUGCCAGCGGCGUUAAUUUCUGGGGAGUUUAUCAGGGGACACAGGCUCAGUUUGAUCCAAUUUUCAACGCACUUCUUGCGAAAAUCCCUGGAACACCUCAGACCUCGAACAUAUUUUCCUCUGACUGGAUUGGUUCCAUCAAACAAUGGGCUUUCAUGGACAUAACAAUGCCGCUCGACUAUGACAUUCAUGAAAACUUCUAUUCCAAGUCGAUGAUGACCAACUGGAUUUCGGCUCCUGAACUUGACAAGUUCACUGACUACUGGUAUAGCGUUGCUAACAGUAAUACUCGCGACUGGUACUGCAUCAUCGAUCUCCAUGGGGGCCCAACCUCAGCAAUCACAGCCGUGCCCCACGAUAGCACCUCUUAUGCUCACCGCAACGCUCUCUGGAAAUUCGAGCUCUACGACCGUGUUGCUAACAAUGUGGCAUACCCUGCUGGUGGCCAAAAUUUUCUGAAUGGUUGGGUUGAUACUGUCAAGACCACUUACCCCGGGACGCUGGGCAUGUAUAUCAACUACGCCGAUCCUGGAUUGACUAAACAUGAGGCACAUACUGAGUAUUGGCUGGACAAUUACGAGAAGCUGUCCAAGAUCAAGACAAAGUACGAUCCAUAUCAGGUGUUCAUGAACCCUCAAUCUGUCAAUUCUUAAACGGUUCGAUGAUGCACAGCUGAGAAGCAAUUGAGAGUCUCAAAAUGGUUUCUCUCAUGUUGAUGAAUAUGUCAGUGUUAGGAAGGCGG